AUGACAAGUUAUGAAAAUGUUCCUGUGAAUACCGGAGGGUCCAAUGAGAAUGAAGCAUUUUGCGAAAUGGUGGACGACAACUUCCUUCAACAGUUCAUAUCUGGUCCCACCCACAUCGCUGGUAAUAAACUCGACCUCUUGCUAUGUAAUUCUCCAGAAAUCAUCGGUGACGUUUCUGCAUUCCUUCCUGAAUGUUUCCCAACAGAUCAUUACGUCGUGGAAAUUGAUGUUCAACUGAAGUUUAAAAGAGCCAAGCCAGUUAAACGCCGAGUUUUUGACUACAGGAACGGUAAAUUUGAUGAGUUGCGCAAUUUCCUCACGAGAAAUCCCAUUAAUAUUACUCCCACCGAUGAUAUUGAUAACUACUGGGAACAAUGGAAGGAAACGCGUUCUUAA